UUUCUUUCGCUUUCCAUGCCGAGUAUCCCCAUCAUAGACCUAAUUUCGCAAUCCUACAACGGAAAUGUUACUCAAAAUGUCUUCUUGUCGUUUACACAUACGUCACAAGUAUGGUAUAAACAUACAUACCUUUUUUUGACACGCAAUUCCAGCAGGCUGGAGUGUGGCCUGCUAUCCUUUUCUGAGAAGAAAGAAAGAAAGAAAGAAAUUUGUUACGCUAUAUACUAA